AUGCAUGCUGGACAGGAGGUACCGAGUGGGCCGGACAAUGGAGCGGUGACCAAUGAAAUGGACUUAUCUGAUGAGAGAUUGUUCCCAGCGGGCAGCGCAAAUAACCCAGGACUAAGCAGCUGCCUCGUUAGUUACCAUCAUCAGUCUGCUCUACGCAACAUCUCUGAUUGUCUCUCCCAUUACCUCAGCCAUAUUUUAUUUAUUCCCUUUUAA